AUGGCGGCCAGAGGAAAGAAGAAAUCUGUUAGUGCCACUGUGGAUCACUUCUGUUCGAUAACAGGUGUGACAACAGAUGUUGGUGAACAAAUGAUUGAGGCAUGCAAUGGAGAUCUCCAAUUGGCUGUCGAGAUGCACAUGGACGGUAACCCUGAUAAAAUGCUUUCAGGCAAAGAGCCAAAGGCCACAAGUACAAACUCUAAAGACGGAGAGGAAGAUGUUCGAGCUCCCAUCCCACAGAAAAGAGAAAUUCUUGUAGAUGAUGCUCCUGUCUUUGUCCAAAAGAUGAUCACUGCUGAUGCUACCAUAGGAUUUCGUGGUAGGCGUCCUGCACGAUCUGUCUUUGAUGGCUUUCGAGAUUUCCAGGCUGAGGCACGUCAACAGGAACAAAUGAUGAUACAAGGGAGUGGCAGUGUCACUUCAAAGCAUCAGACAUUAGAGGAGCUUUUCCGGCCACCUAUAGACCUCACUUUUAAGGGAACAUUUGCCAGUGCUCGCGAUGAAGGCACAAAUCUAAACAAAUGGUUGAUGGUUAAUAUCCAAAACGUUCAGGAGUUUUCUUGCCAAACUUUAAACCGUGAUGUUUGGAGUAACAGUGCUGUCCGCAGCAUCGUGCAAGAGCAUUUCAUUUUAUGGCAGGUGUACCAUGAUAGUGAGGAGGGCCGUAAAUAUAUGCAGUUCUACAAGGUGAAAAGUUGGCCAUAUAUUGCCAUUCUAGAUCCUCAAACAGGAGAAAAACUGACCGAAUGGAACAAUUUGGACCAUACAAAGUUCUGUGAAUAUGCAGCUGAAUUUUUAUCUUUGCAUCCAUCACUUGAUGGGAGCUUAAGUCCCCCGCACAAAUGCUUGAAACCAGAACAAAGUCUUGUGGAUGCCAGUGAAGAUGCUCAGCUCCAGGCCGCAAUAAAAGCUUCUCUAGAACAGGAAAAAAAAAAUACUUCUGAUUCUUUUGUUUUGGAAUCGCCGUGUUCCAGUAAAAAAUCAGCCUCCCCAGUGCCUACAAAAGAAGCUAGUCAACCGCAAUGGCACAAGCAUCUUGGCUCCAAAGAUGAUCCAGUAACAAAUCUCAUGAUACGGUUUCCUUCUGGUAGUAAACAACAAUUAUCUCUUCCAUGUUCUUCUAAAUUAUUGGCUCUUGAGGAAUAUGUUCAAGAAGAAGGUUAUUCUAGUGAAAAAUAUGAACUUCUAACCAAUUACCCUCGCAGAAAACUUUCAGAGUUAGAUAUGAAUUUGACAUUAAAAGAUGCUGGCCUCUUCCCACAAGAUACAGUUUUUGUCCAAGAGAGGUGA